AUGAUUCGCUUCUUUACGCUAAAUGGCCUACUCGCCACACUCGUCCUCGUUCUAGCCAGGGGAUCGUACGACUCUAUCUCCACAAGCGAUGGUAGCCGUAAAAACUGCAACCGAAAAUGCGAAAACGGCGGGAGUUGUGCGAUCACGACCAGCGGUACGCAGUACUGUGAGUGCGCGCCCGGCUGGACCGGCGAAGAUUGCUCCAUGUGCUCCGGACGAGUAGAGAUGCAAGCGUACAACGAGCUGCAACAGAUUCACGACGGAAAUCAGAACUACUCAAGUCACCAAAACGCAAAAUGCUCGUGGUUGGUAAGAGCCGAGCUUGACGAUGCUGAGAAGCCACUUCCAAUCGAGAUAAAUGUGACCUUUUUCGAAACUGAAUGCGGCUGGGAUCACUUGUACAUAUACGAUGGCACGUCUUCGUUAAAAUCGACUUUACUCGCCUCCCUCUGCGGAAUUUCGAACAAUCCUCCGCUCCUUUACGCAACAUCUGGUCAUGCAUUUCUUCAUUUUUAUUCCGACAUGGCAUACAACAUGUCUGGCUUCGAUUUAACCAUCCGUUCAAUUCCAAAGAUUCCCGAGCCUCUCAAUCCCUUACCAGCGUUAGUCGAAAAUACAGCCUUUGGACUGCUCACUCUUGACCGAUCUAUUCUACCAGAAGAAAUGAUUGCUCGAUCGCUGCCAUCAUCUGCGCGAAUAGGAGCAAAGAUAUUCUUUUGGGGAGGCUAUCAGUUCCCGGACGUAACAACUGCUCCUGAUAAUGCAACUUGGCUGAUCGACAUAGACGCGGCCAUUGAGCCGAAGAAAUUACAAUACUCUUCUCCCCCAAUACGAUAUGGCGCCCCAAUGACCAUUUUCAAGGAAAAACUGGCUUUAAUCUAUGGAGGAGCAAAAUUUCCAGAUUAUCACCUGUUCAACGAUCUAUGGGUUCUCGACACUUCGCAAAACAUCGGCUGGACUCAAGCAAAAGCGACCCCAUACUCAGAUGAUCAGACAGAGGAAAAACUUUUUACAAUGUCUGGCCAUUCGAUGGUUACUGUAACUUUUGGAAACGGCACUGAGUUGAUUCUCUGUUUUGGUGGAUAUGUCGGAGAUGCUGGCUUCGUCUCUUUGACAAUCGAGUUCAUUCCCCACGAUGAGAAGAUCGAUCAGCUACUCUUUCGAUAUCCAGAAACGCUUGGUUUCCGAGUUCCUGGCAGUUACGGUCAUUCUUCCGUCGUUGACCCAGAAAACCCAACUCAUGUAUAUUUGUAUGGAGGAUUUCAAAACAAUAAUGUGCGGAACGAGUUGGUUUUAUAUGACGCAACGAGUAGAAUUUUCAGCCAACUGAGAACAGCUGAGACAGCGUCGAGAAGGUGGCUUCAUGGAGGCGGCAUUGUCAAUCGUCACUUGAUCUUUCUUUCUGGCAACGCACACACUGAUUCUACUCACAGCUCGGGUACCCUCUGUUUCUCUGAUGAAAUUCUGCUCUAUUCGAUUGAAUGUGGAAAAUGGACUACUUUUAAGUCUUCAGCCAAGUGGUUUCCUCGAUAUGGCUCAACGGCUCUUUCGUUUGAAGAUCGGAUUAUGCUCAUCGGAGGCUAUAACGGAGAGUUGAAGAAUGAGAUCAUCACCUUUGCCCCUUCCCAGAUCCCAAAUGAGUGUUCAGUUGUGACGAGAACGAAUGACGAUUCAUGUGAACGCGUUGAGCAUCCUUUUGCCGAGAGUACCUACUGUAGCUCGUGUGUAUAUAAAAACAGUCAGCGUGAUGACGGAUGUCAUUAUUGUGAGGAUUCGUCUGCGCCUGACAAAGAUAGCUGCGCUGCGUCGCCGGAGAAGGGAUAUAGAAACACGAAUAAAUGUUACAGCAACGUCCGCGACUGCCCAGAUUUUAAACAGUGGACAUGUAGCCUAUCCCAUAAACGCUGUACUUCGUGUAUAACAUCUGGCUGCUCCUACGUUGUGAAAAGUGAUAAUGAGAAACGACACUACAGCUGUAUCUUGCCGGAAUCGCUAUCAACAACGAGCAAUAUCACUCGGCACAAUACUCUUGAUUCUUGUCUAAAAGGUACAGACACGACAGAAUUCGAGUGUGGAGUCUUUAAAACUUGUGGCGAAUGCGUCGGCGAAAAGAAUAAUUCUUCUUGUAUGUGGUGCGGAAGACUUGGUGUCUGCGUCAGCAAUGAGGCUUAUGUUACGUCUUUUCCAUUUGGGCAAUGCUUUGAGUGGUUUAACAAAGAUCACUGCGAUAAGACAGAAUGCGGAGGACACAAAACCUGUAAAAGCUGCCAAAGCGAUCCUCGUUGUGGUUGGUGUGAUGACGGAACGCAAACUGGAUCCGGCACCUGCAUGGAUGGAACCCUAUUCGGCUCUAGUAAAUCCGCUACCUCUGUCUGUCCGGCUAACAACUGGUUUUGGAUCCAUUGCCCGAGUUGUAACUGCUCUGGUCACUCCAAGUGCGACCGUAACAACCAAAACGUCUGCUUAAACUGCGCACAAGAAAACACAGCUGGUGCAAACUGCGAACGUUGCGCGGAGGGCUACCACGGCAAUGCAUUGAAUGGUGGAAUUUGCGAAGAGUGUAAAUGUUCUAAGAACAGCAAGGGCUGUGAUUAUAAAACUGGCAAGUGUCACUGCACCACGAAAGGCAUUUCUGGCAAACAUUGUGACGAAUGCAAUAUCGGGAAUAAAUACUGGGGCGAUCCAGAAAACUCCUCCUGCUAUUACAAUAUCACUGGUGCAUAUGCAUACAGCUUCCGUUUGAAUAAAGACGACGACAAAGCUGUCACAGCGCUGAAUUGUCAUGUUAUUGAGCUGAAAGAGGAACCGGAUAUUGAAGUCGAAGUUACCAUCGACGACAAUGCUGAAGGUUUCAAUAUGACAAACAAAUUCUUCAUGGUGAAUGUAACGACAUUUUUGCCCAACGAGAAAGAAGUGCUCAUCAAUGGCUCAACUAAUGCAACAAAAAAAUACGUUCUCAAUGUAUCACAUAAAGAGUACAAGUUUGGGAACGAAACCCAGCGCGCAAUGCGUAUUUAUAUCCAUGAUUUUUCUACACCAAUAUUCAUCAAAGUUCAAGUACGCCAACAGAGCAGAAUGAGUUUGUUGACGUUCUUUUUGGUGUUUUUCGCUUGCUUCCUAUCCCUGCUUUUGCUCGCUGUUAUAGGCUGGAAGUUGAAAACAAUGUACGACCUGUAUCUGCAACGUCGAGCGGUUUUGAACGAGAUGCGCGAAAUGGCAGCGCGUCCAUUUGCUCAAGUUCAUCUCUCAACCGAGAAAACCAUUGUUGACGAGCCACCCCAGCCUGUUUGCUACGAAAUACUCGAAGACCAAUCUGCGGCAGUCGCAACUUCAUUUCUUCUCUUUCCCCGGCACCCUGAUGGCUCGCCUCCUGUUGGAUUAUCAUCCCUUUGCUUUGGCUCAGUUAUGAUAGCCUUCGAGGAGAAAUUCGAGCAAAACCUACUACUGCCUGUGCCACCGGCGCUUUCACGCGACGGUGUCGACAAUCCAACUUGUACCGAUAUUGCCCCCACGCCGACCUAG